AUGUCUACCAACACUUUCCACGGUUGGGCUUGUCCCGGCAAAGACCAACCUCUCGAAUGGACCGAAUUGCCUUUGAAGGAAUUUGACGACGAAACCGUUGAGAUGAACGUUACUCACUGUGGUAUCUGUGGAUCAGAUCUCCACACUCUAGAUUCUGGAUGGGGUCCUACAGACUAUCCCUGUGUUGUUGGCCACGAAAUCACUGGUGUGUGCACACGUGUCGGUAAGAAUGUAAAGCAUAUCAAGGCUGGCGAUCGUAUCGGUGUUGGAGCUCAGUCUGGUUCCUGUCUCGAGUGUGACAACUGCAAGAAUGGCGACGAAAAUAUUUGCCAGCGCAAGUCUGUCGGUACCUACAACAGCCGCUGGUAUAACGGCGACAAGUCGUUUGGUGGCUACGCAGACAAGUGGAGAGGACAUGAACGAUUUGUCUUCAAAAUUCCGGACAAUAUGUCCAACGAGAUUGCUGCUACUUUCUUCUGUGCUGGUGUGACCACCUACUCUCCUCUCAAGCGUUUUGGAGUCAAACCCGGGGACAAGGUUGGCAUAAUUGGUAUUGGCGGUCUCGGUCAUUUUGGCGUACAAUGGGCCAAGGCUAUGGGCGCGUCUGUUGUCGCUCUCUCACACUCUGAUCGCAAACGAGCUGAUGCCAAAGAACUCGGUUGCGAUGAUUAUAUUAUUACUACUGACAAGGAGGCAAUGGGUGCUCAAAACGGUACAUUUACACAUAUUCUGUGUACCAACUUUAGCGAUACAUUUGAUUGGGCUCUUUAUCUCAGUCUUAUCAAGGCAAAUGGCUACUUCAUUAUGGUUGCUCUUCCCGAGAAGCCGUUGACUAAUAUCCCUGCAAUGUGGUUGGUCAGUCGUCAAGUCUCCCUGGUUGGAUCCUCUAUAGGAUCUCCUUCCAUGAUCGAGGAUAUGCUUAAAUUCGCUGCUACUCAUGAUGUUAAGCCUUGGAUUAACAAAUAUCCUAUGAAGGAUGCAAACGAGGCUGUCAAGGCCAUGCGAGAAGGAAAAGCUAGAUAUAGAUUUGUGCUGGAAAACUAA